UCAGUCCCUGCACCUGUCUCUGGUCUGUCACACAAAGCUGUCGUGUGUUUCCUUUUAAAGAAGCAGAGUAUUAGUCGGCCGUGUAACCAGAGACGUCCAGUGUGGGACUGCACACAAAAAAAAUCCCACUGCCGUUCCCAAUGCCCACUCCUCAGAGUAGAGCAGGGAGCACAGGGAACUUAGAAAGUGGUCCUGCUAGACCAGGGCCGGGAAGGCACCUACAAGGCCAGGGACGUUCCAGCUGCUCCCAGAGAAUGGACGCCGCACGUCAAAGAAACGACUUCUGGAUUGUAGGUAGUGUGUGCCUUCUGUCGUCUUCAGUCUUCUGGCGCCUGUUUCGGUCAGUGGUGACAUGGGGAAGCCCCAAGCAGGCUCCUGCGCUCGAGGAUGCACAGGCUGAGGAAAACGUGUGGUCCAACCCUACAUUGAAUGAAAGGACAAUUGUUGCCGGUGGAAAGUCAUCAGCCCUCACAGAGAAACCUGACCAGAAAAACCUAGUCUCCUCCGAGAAGGAAAAGGUUACCAAACUCAACAAGAAAAAUGCUGAGAAGAACAACUCCUCUGAGGUUCAGAGGAGCUAUGUCAUAUGUCAUCAGGAAAGACAAGACAAGGCAGAUUUUGUUCCAAGGGAUCCCCUGGAACUAAGAGAGAAUGCAGAUGGAAAAGAUGGUCCAUGCAUAGAAAGUCUGGAGAGACAAGAAAGCAGCACCUUGGGGGAUAACCAAGACACUGAGGAUAAAAAUGGAUGUCCGUUUCUCAAAGGAGGGAAACGUGGGCUUCCUUCUAAGGAAGAGAGCAGAGGAACAGAAGCUGAGAACGCAGUUUCAACAGCGGCAAGUGAAACGGUGCUGGACAAACGUUCACCUGGAAAUCAGCACGUAGACAGGAUGAACGGUGACCCAUCCAAUGAAAGGUGCAUCAAUAAUAUAAAGGCCAUUUCUACACCAGGAAUCCUGGGAAAUUCGGCAUCAGGAUCCACUUUCCAGAAUGCUGAACAGGCAGAGUCUGCUGGCAGCAGUAAGCGCAGAGUGGCAGAGGAGUGUUUCCUAAGUGAGGACAACAAAAAGAGCAGAAUAGAUGACGUGAGAGUGGGGGAAGAGCCCACGGUCAGGACAGAGGAAGCCAGACAAACCUGGAGCCCGGAUGACAGACCCCAGGAGGGAAUGAGCAUCCAUCCAAGAGAGCAAGCCCCAGCGGUCCCACUAGAUGAUGUCCCCGCUCCUGCAGCCCCAUUUGAUCACCGGAUCGUAAUGGCCAAACACGCUGCCGUGGACAAUCUGUAUGCCGUGAGCAAGUCUGAGAUCCUAGGAGGGGGGCGCUUUGGCCAGGUUCACAAGUGUGAAGAGAAAGCAACGGGCCUGAAGCUGGCUGCUAAAAUCAUUAAGAUCAGAAGUGCAAAGGAGAAGGAGGAUGUGAAGAAUGAGAUUAGCAUCAUGAACCAGCUGGACCACGUGAACCUCAUUCAGCUCUAUGAUGCCUUUGAGUCCAAGCAGGACAUCAUCCUCGUCAUGGAGUAUGUGGAGGGUGGGGAGCUGUUUGAUCGCAUCAUUGAUGAAAACUGCAACUUGACAGAGCUGGACACCAUCCUGUUCAUGAAGCAGAUCUGUGAGGGGAUAAGGUACAUGCACCAGAUGUACAUCCUCCACUUGGAUCUCAAGCCUGAGAACAUCCUGUGUGUGAACCGGGAUGCUAAGCAAAUAAAAAUUAUUGAUUUUGGAUUGGCCAGAAGAUACAAACCCAGAGAGAAACUGAAGGUGAACUUUGGAACCCCAGAAUUCCUUGCCCCUGAAGUUGUGAACUAUGAUUUUGUUUCCUUUCCUACGGAUAUGUGGAGUGUGGGUGUUAUCACGUACAUGCUACUCAGUGGCUUGUCCCCGUUUUUGGGAGAUAAUGAUGCAGAGACGCUGACCAACAUCCUGGCAUGCAGGUGGGAUUUAGAGGAUGAAGAAUUUCAGGACAUCUCAGAGGAGGCCAAGGAGUUCAUCUCUAAGCUCCUCAUUAAGGAGAAGAGCUGGAGAAUAAGUGCCAGCGAAGCUCUCAAACAUCCUUGGCUGUCCGACCACAGACUCCACUCCAGACUGGCCCAGAAGAACUCUAACUCUGGUGCACAGAACCUCACGACCAAGUAACUUGAGGAGUGAGCCUAUUCUGAAGGAAAACUGCUGUGGUUGCUGCUGCUUUGAGAAGGCUUCUGGAAAAAUCAGCAGUUCUGGUGCCUUGACCCCUGUGAUGACUGGCAGCCAUAGCACGGGCAGCCUUGAACUUGAACUUGGAGAGGCUUUGCUGUGCUCAGUGGGUGACCCAGGUGGCUCCUAGGGGCUCAGGCAGAUGCCCACACCCCACUUAGUGCGCAGAGGGGAAGAUGUUGCUCUGCCUCCUUGACUUUUUGUGUUUCGAUGUUUGUUUGUAGUUUUGGAUGCUAGUGCCGCAGCAGGCACGCUAUGCCGUUUCUCGGGCUACCAGAGCAGAGCCUGAAAUGCAUAUCUGUAGGAUACAUUUGGAGAGAGAAAAUGGCUUCCGGUUGUUGCACUGUGCUUCUCAAGGGGGCAGUAUCACCAGAAAACAUCUAAGGUUUGGGCACUUUGAUUUGCAUUUCUUUGUGAUCUGAAAUGGGAUGAAUUCAAUGGAGAAUUUACUUGCUGGAACAUAAGACCUCUAAGGCAAGAGACUUCACACAGGGCACCUUCUGUGUAUUUUGAACUCUCUCCCAAGUGCAACAGUUUCUACCCAGUGGCUGGUUCCAUAUUCAGAUUCAUACCAUACUUUUCCACAGAGUGCCCUUUGCUCUGGUCUAACGGGCAAGUUCAUUCCCAUUAAACAUGGUGGUUUGGGGACAUGAUGCAAAGGGUCUAUUUGUGGUUAGUCCUUAAAAUGAUGACCUUCAAAAGACAGUCACGAGAACUUCCUUCAAGCCCUAGAUGUCACCAGUAGGAGAUGGAUCUGUGCACCCUGGGGAAGGACAAUGCUCAGAUUGCAGUGUUGGUGGCUAGAAAGUGGCUCUCCAGCUUCUGGGUAAACUGAAUUUAGAAGACCAAUAAUCAUAGUUAUGCAAAUUCACAGCUUUGAAAUUCUCACAAGAGUCAACAGUUGUAGGGUGAUAAAUAAGGAAAACUGAUUUCUGGUUGCAAACUGUUGUUGUUGCUCUUUAUUUUGAAACAGGGUCUCAUUUUGUAGCCUUGGCUGGUUUGCAACUUGCUAUGUGGACCAGGCUGGCUUCAAACUCAUAGAUACCUACUUGUACCUGCUGCAGAGUUGUGGGAUGCAAGCUUCUUAUUUCCUAGCACAUGGGCUAUUUUCUGUCAGAUGUUUAAUAAGGAACAUGAGCACUACUGCAGGUGACAUUUAAGGGACAGAAAGCUUUAGGGCUACAGAAAGCAAAAUGUGCAACAUUUCUGUACGAAGACAGAACUUUACAAAGCUAUCUGAAAAUCCACUGCAAAUUUAGACAAAUGGCUGUUGUGUUUAGCUCAGCAAAAUAAUGCCCCCAUUUUUAGUUAUAAAGCGAUGUCACAAUCACUAUUGGCAAGAAUAUCCUAGUGGCCCUGUCAUUGAGGGCCAACUUAAAGCCCACGGCUAAUCAUCAACCCUUGCAGUCAUAAGCAUGCACACCAAUAACUAAUGCUUCCUCGUAGUAAUUUCUUUCCCAACUCUGAAGGGAAAGUAGGUGUCAAUUAGUGAAGUCCAGUGCCCAUUUUGUUGUUGUGGCAGUUGUAAAAAUUUCCUUCUUUUGGCCAGUGUUCUCAUGCUGUGACACACGUCUUUCUUCCUUUGAACCAUGCAUUCAUGGUUUCUCAUAUCCCUAUUAAACAUAAAAUCAAUCAAUCUUUCUUUCUUUUUCCUUCCUUCCUUCCUUCCUUCCUUCCUUCCCUUCUCCCUUCCUUCCCUCCUCCUCCUUCUUCUUCUUUUUCCUCCUUCUCCUCCUCCUCUUUCUCUUCUUCUUCAAAAAGAACACACACCCCCACCACCCCCACCACACAAACACAGGAGCAGGAACAAAUAAGUAGAGUUCUGACUUCAAUAUUCUAUUACUGUGCUAUGCUUAGCUGAUACUAUUCACUGAGUAUGGAAAAAAACACAAGCCAGUGCAUGCAUUAAUGUUCCUUGACCACAGCAGGUUGGCAUUCACUCAAAUGCUAAAUGGGGCGCAAGGGUCUAGUUGGAAACCCUGCAUGGAAGGGCAUUUUCAGCUGUAAGCAUGGACUCUCCCUCAGCUCGGGGCAUAGAUCUUCUGAGAGACAUCAGCUUUCGUUCUAACACAUGUUGGCAGACACUUGGGCCUGCCACAUGUGGAAGGGACAGCUUAGGUCACCUACAGGCAUGAUUUGUUGACCACCUGAAUCUACAUGAUGACCCCACAAUUAGUGGGUAUGAUUUCUUUAGUUUUUGUUUUCCAAGGCUUAGAAAGGAGGCUGCUGGGAGUGGCUCUUCCAACGUGCAGUUAAGCUUGCGCAUUUCGGUAAGAAGGUGGGUAGCCCCAUGCCAGCGGCAGCAUUUUAUAGCCCAGACUGAGUUACAGAGGUGCAGGAGCUGACCAGUCUGUCUUCGCCUGUCCCCUCCAUCCACACCCACGCGGCUGCUUCAGUAUAACUUGCUAGAUGUCAGCCGUGGUGGGAAAGGGGCUUCGCAAAGCCAGGGAAUCAAGCCAGACACCAGUGUGGACUUGGAAGUGGAGCCUGUCUGUUCUGGGGCUCUUGUCAUCAACUUUUCCAAGGGGUCAUAGGAUUUUGAGGGACUGCCUGCACUCCACCCUCUUCACGAACAGGAGGGCUCCGCUCACCUCCCUCUGAUGCCUGGAGAAAUUGUUUUCUUGAGCAUCACAAGGCAGCAAUGGGCACUUCCUGCUGCUCAGAGAGAAAUAGCCUGCAAAUAACUUUGACAUGUUCAGAUUUCGGGAGACACUAACCCUUACCCAGAUAUUUAAGAACAAGAAAGAAGGGGCAUAUGUUUUCAUUCGCUUCACAAAAAUACUUUGGAAGAAAUUUCUCUGACAUAGCUUAGGGCAAAGCUUUAUAGGUUAAAUUAGGUAACAUGUAUGUAUUAAGACCCAUUAGCUUACUUUUGCUGGCUUUUUGUCCAACUGAUAUUAAUUUAUUUUGUUUCUUUGAGAAUGUAAAUAGGCAUGUCUAGUUUGAUGUCUUGAAGAACAUGUGUGUGCUUAUGGAAAUUAACAUAGUCAAUUUUCUUCUUGUUUUGGAACAGAAAUAUGGAUUUUAUACUAAGGAAAUGAAAACUACACUCUUAAUUCAUUCCUUCUCCUCCCCCUGCAUCCCUACUGCUCCCCUUUACUCCCUUGCCUGGGCAGUGGGGUGCCAAUGUACAUACAUGUGCUUGUUUAGCUUGGGCUGUGGGCCAGCUCAUUUGGAAAAUUUAUUUAUGAAAGUAUAAGCGGGGGGGGGGGGGGCAGCGGGGGCCUGUGGGCUGCAGUGGUUAGGCUCGGCUCUGCCAUCCCUGUGGGCCUCACUGGCUGGAGCUCAUUGUCCAGUGUCUCCAGAACUCAGACACUGUGCUUGCUUUUUAAAUUUUUUCUUCGCUUGUUUCUUUUUCUUGAGUUAGAAUGAAGUCUGUCUUCUUCAUUAUGAUAUUCCUCUAAGAGCCAGCCAGGCUAUCUGCAGGCCUGACUCCUCCCUCCUUCUUUCCUUCCCUCCCUCCCAUCCUUCUGUCCUUCCUUCUUUCUUUCAUGAUAGAAAUGGACCCCAGGACCUUGUGCCUGCUACACACAUUCUGUACCACUAAACUGCACUUCAACUCCCCCGUGACUUUUUGAGAUGAAAAUUUAUUUUCCAAAUGGCAAAGUGCCUUCAGUGCCACAGGAAAGUAGAUAGUGACACAUUCGAUGCUGGCUUUCGGGUUCGGAGUGUGUCCUUGUGCGGCUUCUCUCCAAUCAGAAGUCCCCCACAUGUCAUCUCACCCCAUUUUGGUGAGGUUUUUAUAAGUGAUCUUUCUAUAUGGAUAGUCUCACCUUCCAUGAAGACAUAUAAAGAAUGUGACCACCCAUUCAAAAGAGCAGCAGACAUCUAACCCUGAGUGGAGAAGCUGGACAUAUGUGCAUUUUGCUGUCGCCUUAGCUCGCAGAUGUCCGUGUGUCCUGAAGAGGUUCAUUCAUGCAGAUCAGAACUGGAGUGGAUUGUGUGAUGACUUCGUAUGUCAUGUAUAUUUUUUAAUUCUGAAUGUAGUGUGAACAUUUGGCUGUAUUUCUUUGCCUUAUGACGGUGUAUUGUUAGUCAUGUAUAUGUAUUAUUUUGAAGAACAACAUGGAUCUUAUUUAUCUUUGU